GCCCAGCAGCGUGUGUGUGAAGGAGCAAACGUGGUGUUGAGCGGCGGAGGUGUGUCAUGAGGGCCGCCAGAGAGGGAGUCGCGAGCUGAGCUCUGCUGGGAGCUUCAUGCGGCUCAAUUUUUCAAGAUGUCGUCGUUGGAGCAGAGGCUGUCGCGAAUCGAGGAGAAGUUGAAGCAGGAGAAUGAAGAAGCUCGCCGGAGGAUCGACCUCAACAUCGACAUCGACAGUCCCCGGCGCUCUCGUCCGAGGCCAAUCAUCGUGAUCCAGCUCAGUCCCGCUCCAGCCCCCUCCCAGCGUGCAGCACUUCAGCUGCCCCUGGCCAACGAAGUAGUCAGCCGCUCGUCCUCAUCAGAAAGCUCUCCGCAGCACAACCCAAGCCGCCGGAGAAACAUGCUCACCCUCCCCACGCCUCCAUACGGCCUUCAGAAGAGUCUGGAAAAUGCAGAGAUUGAUCAGAAGUUGCAAGAAAUUAUGAAGCAGACGGGAUAUCUGAAGAUCGAUGGUGAACGAUAUCCUGCUGAGGUGACUGACCUGAUCAGUGAGGGGGAGAUCGGGAGCGGGACAUGUGGCCAGGUCUUCAAAGUUCGCUUCAAAAAGACUGGAAACGUCAUCGCUGUCAAACAAAUGCGGCGGACAGGAAACAAAGACGAGAACAAAAGAAUUCUGAUGGAUCUUGAUGUGGUGCUAAAAAGUCACGACUGCCCCUACAUCAUCCAGUGCUACGGAGCCAUAGUUACCAACACUGAUGUGUUCAUUGCCAUGGAGCUGAUGGGAACGUGUGCAGAGAAGUUGAAGAAGAGAAUCCAGGGUCCUAUCCCAGAGAGAAUCCUUGGGAAAAUGACUGUGGCAAUCGUGAAGGCUUUGCAGUACCUGAAAGAGAAACACGGUGUCAUACAUCGGGACGUGAAGCCCUCCAAUAUCCUCCUGGAUGCAAAAGGUCAAAUCAAACUCUGUGAUUUUGGAAUCAGCGGACGCCUGGUUGACUCCAAGGCCAAAACACGCAGUGCCGGCUGUGCGGCGUAUAUGGCGCCUGAGAGAAUAGACCCUCCAGACCCCACCAAACCUGACUACGACAUCCGAGCGGACGUGUGGAGCCUCGGCAUUUCUCUGGUGGAGCUUGCCACGGGUCAGUUCCCCUACAAGAACUGCAAAACAGACUUUGAGGUUCUGACCAAAGUGCUGCAGGAAGAUCCUCCACUGCUGCCUCUUAGCAUGGGCUUCUCCCUCGACUUCCAGUCCUUCGUCAAAGAUUGCCUCACAAAGGAUCACAGAAAAAGGCCAAAAUACCACCAGUUACUGGAGCAUAGUUUCAUCCUCCGCUACGAGGUGCUGGACGUGGACGUGGCCGGUUGGUUCCAGACGGUGAUGGAUCGCACAGAGUCACCUCGCAGCAGCCAGUGUUACACUCACCAACACCAGCUCCACUCACUCUUCAGCAGGUAGUAGGCAGACCAGCGUUGACUUAGCCGUACGCUCGUCUAGCCUGGCUACAGCAUUUAGCAAGGUGAGCCCAGUGUCGGUGGCUAAACUUAGCCUGAGACUCCGCCCACCUGUCCCUCAGUGCACCAGAGAAGCCCUUAGGAUGAGAUAGAGACUCCAUUGAUGGACAGAUGGAGCUGCAGACGGAAGGAUGGAUGAGUGAUCUGGUGGAUGGGCGGUGAAGGUUAUUAACUGGACAGACAGACAGACAUUAGAUUAGGAAAAGACGUUGUGUAUCUGCUCAUGUGGCUUCACAGUAAAUAUAUGCAUAUAUGUGUUUCACUUUUCCACAACACUUCAGUCGGAGCACCUUCAUGUGUGCAUCCUGCUUGACUAAAGGUGUACUGGUCAACAGAGUAGUCGCGACACACUGGAACCAAGCAACUUCCACAUCUGCAUAUGUUCUUGCAUUCUCGAGAAUGUUGGUGGCUUUCCUCCCACUGCGCAUUCUCAUCUCCGUAUGUGUAUUUGAUGGUGUUUUGGGAGGUUAGAUUAACUUACUGCCGCUCGAGCACUAACAAAGCUGAUCCUGGUGGCUCAGCGUGGGCUUGUUCUUAAGGUGUGCGUAAUGUAGCCAAGUCAAAGUUGUGUUGCUAAUAAUAAGCUUAUCUGUUUGCAAGGAGCUGGAGUAUUGGAAUCAGGGUCUGUGCUGGGGAUUAAGUUUGGCGUUUUGCGAGGGAGAAAGGGGGCAGAGAAGAGUUUGACAUCAUGAUUGGAUGAUGAAGUGAACCGAGAAGGAAGAGGAGUUUAUAAACGGGGUAGGAUGUGACCUGUGGAGCACUUCUUUUCUUCUUCUUCACCGGCUUGUCUACCUCCUGUUCUGGCUAGUCUCAUGCUCCACGGUGUCUUCUGACCAAAGGCUCCUCUGAAGCAACAUAGAAUCUCUAGGUGUAGAACUCGCAUUGUCAAGUGUUCUUGAACUCAGUGGCUCUUCUGUUCCGACUCCCAUAUUGAGUUAUGAAAUAGUCAUAUUCAAUAUAUUAUCUGUAAAUAAUGUCUGAUCCCUUUUUAGAAGGUUAGUGUCAGGUUUUUAUCUAGUAUUCUUUGCUACUUAGAUUUCACCACCACUUAUUUUCCAACGUCAUAUUUUGCUGUGACCCCCGACUCUGCGUCGAGAGCUCUGAGAUCAUGGCGUUUUGAAUCUGGUCGGUUGAGUAGAGUUCCAACCAAAGCUUGCUUGAGGUGCAGACUCACACACACACACACUCACACACACGUACAAUCAAACGCCCAGACGCACCAAAACCAAAUCCCUGUUAGACACAGAGGACUGAGGACAGGUGGAAACUGCAAUGUUUCUGAGAAUGAAGGACCCGGGAAAGUUUUCCAGACAGCAGAAGGAAUGAGAGUGGAGUGUUGAGGAGAGAUAGGGAAGUGAGGAAGUGUAUAGAAAGUGAGAUGUAAAGACGAAAGAAGGGACGGUGGCAGGAAGUAUGUUGAUGAAGAUGGGCUCUGAAGCUAGUUAUUGUAAAAAGCUUUUCUGGCGUCACACCGAUAUACCAAUUAUGAUUUUAGUGGAUGAGUUAGCGCCUCGUGUUUACGAUUGUUUUGUUUGUACAUUAUUUAUUUACUUUGCUACUGCUGCUAUUUUCAUUGCUUUAGAAGCUGCUGUCUUGUUUUCUCCAAAGGACGAAGAUUUUAUUUGAAACCAAAUAAGUGAAAUAAUGCAACACACGUUACCAAAUGCACAGGGGGACGUUUGAGGGCCCACGUGUCAGGGCCGUCAUCGGCAGGCGCCUCACGAUGAACACUAAGGUGAAAUGUAGCUGCAUGUGUGGUAGAAGUAGAUUCUUGUCACAGCAACGCAGAUGUCACAGGAGCGAGUGUCUGUCUGUCCAGAUUCUUCCGUCUGUCCGUCCAUCUGUCCUCCGAGCUCGACAACCUUGACAGUUCACACCAAAGGUGUCUACAACAAAUACAAAAGUGUUGUUCUUUACGUUUGAUCUGUUUACUCUCAGCUGUGAUGUAUAUAAAAUCUAUAACCAGUGGGAGUGGACAUAGGGGGCGCUGUAUUGUAUUAGCCCCUUUUGGUGUGUGUGUGUGUGUCGGCGUGAAUGUGUGUGUGUGUGUGUGUUGUACACUGUACAGAGGGAGACUGGUGUCGCAGAUGGCUGGAGACUGGGAUGCUCUUUUCAUCCAUGGUGUCCAAUGAGUGCCACUCAAAAAAUAUUAUAACACAAUUUGAAAUAUUCAAGACCCCACAACUGAGUAUCUCAAGUCAAACAUGUUUCAUUCAAACUUCAUAUACAAAUGAUAUUGAAGUAUAAGUGUUUCCCUAGUGAGCUAGGAAGCUCUCUGUUACCAGAAACCUUAAGUGAAGCUUGUUUUAAAACUGUUUUAUUGGAUGAGAGGCAGCCAUCUGUUGCCACACCAGGAACUACUUUCCCACCUGCAUGUCUGCGCUGGUGGUUCCGCUGUCCAUAUUAUUUCAAUGGACAGAGCAAGCCUGCAUCGUAUAGAGGAAGAUAUGUUGAUAGUCUGGCUGGUCAUAAAGAAAUGUUUUCCUCAGUCUUUGAUCACUUUUUAGUUCACAUUUCACACCUUACACAUUUGUUUGUCUACCUGUUAAAUGCUUUGAAUGUUUACCCAGCUGUAAAAAUAUAUACAGGCAAAUAUUCGAGCUUUUGAAUCUGAUAAAAAUAAGUAAUCCCACCCCACAGAUGUUUUGAUUGGAAAUGACAUUCAGGUGGCUGAGUCUGAGUGGAGCCAGUCUCCCGCUGUUGUCGCGCUCCGAUGUGAGUGAAGGAACUCACCAAAUGUAAAAACCAUCCUCUGCCAAUGUGUAAAUCUGAGCGUGCGUUUGUAUGUAUGUAUGUAUGUAUGUAUGUGUGUGUGUGUGAGCUGGUAGCCCCAUCUGUAAGUAAACCAAAUAUAAAUUUCACUAUGCAGUCAUUCAAACCAUGUCGGCUUGCUUGGGUGCUUCUGUACAAAUGUAAACUAAAGAUAUCACAGCAACAUCACGGAGAGGAAGCAGGAGAUGUUUUGAAUGAGCUGACAAAUAUUUAAGGAUUGUAUCGGGGUCGGGGACGGGUUACGUUGGACUUCAGUAGAGUUUUAUUUUUUGGGGGGCGGUGCGGGCGGGGCUGUCCUGAUUCAUGCUGUAAAAUAUACCAACUGCAUGUUCACAGCUGCAACUUCCAUUGUUUUGCUCGGUUGCCGGGGCGGGGAGAUGCACAGAACUUUAUCUUAUUUAUGAUUUUUACACAUUGUCUUGAGUUUUGUUUCCAAAUUUGUUGUGUAUUAUUGAAAUGAGACACUUCUUUAGUCCCUAGAAACACAUCACCAGGAGGAGAAGCUGUGUCUUUAUUAGUUUGUAGUUCCCUGUCUUGUGUUCUUUUAGCUGGAGGGGUGCGAUUAUUUGUCUACCAAAAUUAUCAUUAUUAGCUUUUAUUUUUGUUCAGGAGUUCCUUUUUUUUUUUUUUUUAAAUGUUUUUGUGAUUACCGUUUUAUUAUUUUAUCUAUAAUAUUCAGGGCGAAGACACCAAAUUGAACAAAGAGUAGGGUGUAGUCCAGGCGGGACGAAGAGCUGGACAGUGUUGUUUUGUUUCCUAACUGUGGAGACGUUGUUCUUCUCACGCCACAGACAGAAACUUAUUAUUGAUGCUAUUGCAUAUUAUCUUCCGUUUGCCUCCAUUAGUUUACUCUUUGCCCCUGUUUGGGGGCGAUACUUUGCGUGCUGUUUUAUUUCCUUCCCUGCCCUCACUCUUCUGAUUUCUUUUGUACUCUGUGUUCGAUGCUGUCAUAGAUGAAGCGGAGUUUUCUUCCCCUCUCAUGCUGAAACUGUCAUGACUGAUCUUGCACUUGUGAUGGUUUUGUUUUUGUUUGUGUCGCAGGAUUGGGAUUGUUUGUGCUUCGAGGAAACCUUAAGGUCUUUCCUUAAGGUUGCAGCAGUUACUUUGUCAAUCGCGAUUCUGCGGCACAGAGCAAGAAGUUGAUUCAACAGUGUAUUUUUUCACUGGUAUUUAUUUAUUGGAAACGUUUGUGUAUCUUUUUUUAAUGUUUUUUGCAUUUAUGAGGGAUUAACAGUCUGAUUCAAUUUGAAAAUUUGCUUUAAUUUGGGUCGUCCAAACAAACACAUCGCGCUCAUGUCUUCACACAAGCGGCAUGAAACAUUCAGGCUUGGAAAAGAACUGGGUUAAAUCUUGGACUAUUUUAUUGGUCUUAAUCUUCAGUGAUUUUUUUUUUCCCAUAUUUAAUUUAGUCAAACUUGUUUUGAUAACUAUAUACGUGGACUGUUAUCGAUCUCUUUUAAAAGCAGUUUAUUCUAGAUGGCAUGUCUAAUAGAUGUGAUACUGCAGAUGUUUGUGGUUCAGAAAGAGGACACAGCUUUACUGCCUGGUCGUUUCUCUCGUCCAUUUUUUUUUGGCUGUAUUUUAUUUUCCCUCCACCUCCCCUGGGUCUCAUUUCAAACAAAUAAAUGCCAUUUAAUUGUGAAUACCUCAGGAUUUUUUUUGGAGAAAAAAAAACACAUCAAAAUGCUUAAAAAUCAAAAUCAAUAAAUAAAAACUCAUAAA